CUCUGUGGGCGGGGCCCCAUCGGUUAUAAGUGGGGGUCGCGGGGCUGUGGGUGUGAAGUUCGGUGUUGGGUGUGCCGUCGUUCUGUCCGGCCCGGCCAGGCCAUGUCUGACCCAGCUCAGCAGCCUGCUCCCGGGGCUCCCGAAGGAGGGGCUCCCGAAGGAGGAGCUCCCGAAGGGGCAGCCCCCGGUGGGGGUCCCCCCGGGGCUCCCACCAAUCUGAGCAGCAGUCGCCGCCUGCAGCAGACGCAGGCCCAGGUGCAGGAGGUGGUUGAUAUAAUGUGUGUAAAUGUAGACAAGGUGAUGGAACGAGAUGAGAUGCUGUCAGAGCUGGAUAACCGGGCAGAUGCACUUCAGGCUGGUGCCUCAAUAUUUGAAAGUAGUGCAGCAAAACUGAAAAGGAAGUACUGGUGGAAGAACUGCAAGAUGAUGAUCAUGAUGGGAGUGAUUGGUGCCAUUGUGGUGGUGGUGAUUGCAAUCUACUUUUUUACUUAAAAAAGGUCUUCAGUCUGCAACGUACUGUCCCCUAUUACCUUGCCUGUCUCUUCUUGCCUCUGAAUUUUUCCUUUCCUUCCCUUUCCUUCCCUUUCACCUAGCUUCUUCAUUGAUUUCUUUAUUGGUUUUAUCUUGUGUAUAGGACUCUGAGCUGCUUACUAAACAUAGAUAGAUUUUUCAAUAGCUGCUGCAGCUUUAGGGAGCAUCCUCUAAGUUUAGAGGAAAGGGAAGUUGAGGAGGAGUGGGUAGUUAUUUGCUCCUGCUCUUCUACAGGGAACUUUUUGUGUUUAUUUUUGGGUGUAAGCUUGUCAAAUAGUGCCUGUGUGAACUCUAGCAAAAUAAGAAUGCCUUAACACAGUGCCUUUUGGGAUGAAGGACUUCAGCAUGUGAGAGUCUUUAGUGUUCUGCCUAAAAAGAGUGGCAGCAUGACUUGAGCUUUUCAUUGAGCUUCUGAAAUAAAAGCUAGUUUGUGUUGGCCAGUGGCUGUGAGCCAUCUAAGCUACACGUAGUGAUGUAGAUUUCUCUAGCCAUGGAGAGGUGAGCACUUGAAGAAAUGAUUUAUUCUGCCUGUCCUCAUUUCCAGAUGACUUGCUGCCUGAACAUGGCCAUUUCAGUUUUUAUAAAGGAGGGCCUACAUGAUUACCUCAGUCAAGUGCAAAAGGCUAAACACAGUUCAAUGAAAGGAGCAUUGCCACUAUCUAAAAGGCAUGUGUGGGAGUAAAGUCUCCCUCCACAAGGAACAAAAGAACAGCAAUUAGUCUGGUGGGGAGUGCCAAAUAUGCCUUUCAUCUAUGCACACACAAGCCAGGACCCUGUAGCUUCCUACUAUCUUGUAGCUCUCCAGAAGGAAGACUUUGGAGUAGUGGAAAAAUGGGAAUUGGUGUUUUACUUUUAUGUGCCUAGGUUGAACAUCAAGGAAGCUCACUGCCAUAGCAGAUAGAGGUGAAGGGGACUGGAGGUAUUCCAGAUGAGACUGAAUGAGCUGCACAGCUUUCUGAUUAAGAAUAUCUGCUCUGUUUCUGCUGCCACAAAGCCCUAACUUUCAGCAGGAGUUAGAAAACCUUGAAAUGGUUAGCUGGGGAUUCAAAGGGAGAUGGUGCUCUGGGCAUGGAUCUUGCAAAGUGACAUCAGAUGUCCCAGUUUGGCAACUUAGGUCUCUAGAGGUCUUGCCUAUUGAACUGAAUCCUCCUAAUUGCUAUGGGUUCUCUUGAAUUUAGGUCCAGGGGUGGUCUCUGAUGGAAGUAAACUUGUGGCUUUGUGAGCAAUUCCCUUGUUCUUCUCCAUCAAAAGUAACAAGAGCUGUGAGUUGUUUGAAUGUAUUGUCAGACAUGGGUUAAAUGAGCUGCCCUGUUUCUGUAGAGUCUUCUGAGGUAUGUGUAUCUUGUCUUUUAACUUUUUUUAACAAGCUGAGCCGUAGCCUGUAAUCUAGACUGGAAAGAGGGUACUCCUUUAAUUUAGAAAGCUCUGCCUCUGUUCUAGAAUACACUGGGAUCUGUUUAGGCUUAAGAGGAGGCAGGGAGGACAUCAGUGGAAUUCCCAGAUAAGAGCAAAGUACAAAAGAUGGGAGGAGCAGAUGCUUUUUGUUUCAUUGGGUGUGCUGGGGAAGCCCCUUUCCACCUCCCAGGGCACCUGGAAAGGGGCUAAGUUUUGCAUGCUCACUUCCAUGCCCCGGCAUUUCAUUUGAGUUCAUCUCCCUGCAAUUCCAUUCCUCUUCACCUCGGGGGAGGGCAGAGAUGAAGAUCUGGAGUGAAGCAGCCCUCGUCCCCUGAGCACUUCCCUAAUUCCCUGUGGAACUGAGAUGUGAUGGAUGGUCAGAAGUGCAUCUACUGAAGAGGAGCCAGGGCCUGCUUGUGCUACUUCCUGCUCUCAUUUUAGGGGGUAGGCUUACAAGCUUGAGGCCCCCAGACCAGCAAUUCUCUCGAACUCUUCUAAACAAGCCUUUGGUGCCCCAUUCCUCCUGUCUCUCUGGGAGCUGAGGUCCCCCUAGGCUGUCUCUUUAAUUUCCUUGCCUUAGAUGUUGUGUGUCUGCUCCCUUUCCUCUCCUUUGUCUCUCUGUGCAUGGGCAAAACAAAUCACCAAGGCCCUCUUAGUAAAAGCAAGGGACUCUGCUGCCCACGGCAUCGCAGCCACUCAUGCACGUGCAGUUUAUUUACCUCCUCUACAAUCACAACUGUAAUCUCCUCUGGCAUGUUCUAGAAAUCAGCUCCUGUACUUUUAAUGGUCUCUAAGAAACACAAUUUACCACCUUA